AAUUUUAUUGCACCGCUAUUUUGACAAUACACACAAAAAUUCGUCUAAUAAAAAUGCAGAAAUUAUCUUUGACCAAAUUUGUAAAAAAAAAAAAAACUAAUGUGUAUACCAAACACUUCUCUUUCUUCAUUUGUAGCGUAAAUUAGGCCAAUGGGGCGGGAGGGAUUAUAAUAAUAAUAAGAAUAAAUUCCACUUCUGGUCCUACGAGUUUUUAGGUGAAUUUCACAUUUAGUCCACAUGUUUCAUUUUGUCCACUUUUUAUACAUGACUAUUGUCUUUUCGUCCAUAUACGGUCCUUCCGGCAUUUUUUUCGAUGGUUAAAAUCACUGAAAAAGGAUCACAAACAUUUAAAAAACAUUAGUCAAGUAUCAAAAGUGGACAAACUCAAAAACAACUAAAGGUGGAAUUGAAACAAAACUCACCAAAAUUAGAAUUAAUUCUAAUAAUAAUCAUCGUUAUAAGGUGGUACAAAAAGGCGGGAACAGCGUCGUGGACCUAGAGAGACAACUGAUAAACAAAGAAGGAUUGAGAUGUACGGUGGGAACGUCCCGUUCGACGGCAACGCAGCCUUUGCUGGAGGUGGCUUCAUGCCAUCUCAGGCGACUCAAACUGCUACUGAUCCUUCUUAUUCUACAUCCAAGAAUCGAGAUACACAGUCUUUGCUUCCAUUGACAGUGAAGCAAAUAAUCGACGCCGUGCAAACGAGUGAUGAUAAGAUAAAUUUUCUAGUUGAUGGUGUUGAUGUCAAUAAUGUGAAACUAGUGGGAAUUGUGUUCAACAUAGCUGACCGCGCCACUGAUAUUUCGUUUGUACUGGAUGAUGGAACUGGACGCAUUGACUGCUACAGAUGGCUGAAUGAACCUUUUGACAAAACGGAAAUGGCGGCUAUCUCAAAUGGGAUGUAUGUUAAAGUUCAUGGACAUUUGAAGGGUUUCCAGGGCAAGAAACAGCUAAUGACUUACUCCGUCAGACCUGUGGAGGAUUAUAACGAGAUUGCAUAUCACAUUGCUGAAGCUAUUUAUGCUUAUUAUCACAACACAAAGAUACGGAAGCUUCAAGAGAGUAGUGCUCAUACUGCUGCUGCCGCUGCUCCUCACAUGCCAUAUUCAAACACACCUACGAAGGGAUACCAAGUUUCCCAGCAAAAUUUUCCUGGGUACAGCAUGGAUAGAAUUACAGGUGUAGAAGAAAUGGUGUUGAACUAUUUGCAGCAGCCUUCCUGCCUUGCACGGGAAAAAGGGGUUCACCGGAAGGAGCUUGCUGACCAGCUAAAUGUUCCCCCUGAAAAGAUAUCAGUAGCAAUUGAAUCUCUGGAAGCAGAAGGGCUGGUCUACUCCACAAUAGAUGAGCAUCAUUUCAAGUCCACCGGCAAUGGCUGAGAAAGGGUGUCUUCUCCAAAUGUGGCUUGUGAUAUAUUGAAGGUGCUUAGUCACUAGGCCCUUUUGUUAGAUUGGUAUUUGUGACUUGAUGUAUGGAGAGGCUUUCUCCCAUGUUUCAUAUUUGGAUAGUGAAUCUUAUGAAAUCAGGUCUUGAGGGCGUGUUUGGGUUGAUGACUUCCCAUGGGUGCAAAGAGGUGAUAAAUAAUUUCUACCCUUGAAUGGUUGGUCAUCAAAGAACUAUAUUGAACUACAUGAUUAGUUAAUUCUAGUAUAAAACUAGUAAAAGAGACAAUUUAGUAGUAAAAUUAAAAUCAAUCAUCCCC